AUGUCCCGACCCGGCGUGGCACCGGACCCACCUAUCAACCUCGAGGUCGACGACGAAGGGACACAUCGAGAAGAGCGCAAGACAGGAGGAAAUCGUAGCGAAGUCACAAUGUCUGCUUCGCUUGCUCCGGAAUGCAACGAAGUCAAAGAACGUUAUGAUUCUUGCUUUUUGAAAUGGUACAGCGAAAAAUACCUAAGAGGGAAAGGUACGACGGAUGAAUGCGCCAAUCUUUUUAAAGACUACAAGAAGUGCUUGACGGGUGCUCUCAAAGAGAGAGGCAUCGACAAAAUGCUCGAGGAAGCACGAGAAGACCACAAAGAGAAUGAUGCUCAACAUAUGAGGAGGGGUUGUAAGACACUCUGUGGCCCCUUCAAUUCUUACAUGGAAGACUAA